UGCUGCGAAGUUCCAGCAGUCUAGAUAGCUGUGGCUUUGGUUGAGUCUGUCUGGGAAACUGAUGAGAUUAAUUCCGAUCUCAAGCAGUUAGCCCUUUCCUAUUCAGUCGUGGCGCAUCCAAAGCUUCCGAGGAAAGUGGGAUCUUUCGGUCCUUCCUGCAUUUCCGACCAUUACAGGAUCUAGAAAUGUCUACAACACUUUUAUCUGCCUUCUACGACAUCGACUUUUUCUGCAAGACCGAAAAAUCCUUGAGCAACAUGCUGGACAAGAAGGCAGUGGGGAGCCCUGUGGGCACCUCUCCCAGCUCCAAUUUCACGCCGGGCUUUCUGCGAAGGCACUCGACCAGCAAUCUUCAGGCUCUGGCUAACGGCAACAUCAAGUUUCCUAGUGCCUCGCUGUCCGCGCCCUCUAACUUCGGCAGCCUUAAGGAGCCUGGCACCGGGGCAGGAGGCAGCAGCAGCAGCUCCACCACCGCCUUGCUGAACAAGGAGAACAAGUUUCGAGACCGGUCUCUCAGCGAGAAUGGCGAACGAAGCCAACACCUCAUGCAACAGCUGCACCAGCAGCAAGUGGUGGUUGUGGCAGCGACUUCGGCGGGAAAGGGCGGCGGCAAUGGGGGAGGAGGCGGAGGAAACGGCGGAGGGGGAGCGCCGAUCAACUCCACGCGUUACAAGACGGAGCUCUGUCGGCCGUUCGAAGAGAGCGGUUCCUGCAAGUACGGCGAAAAGUGCCAGUUCGCUCACGGCUUCCACGAGCUCCGCAGCCUGACCCGCCACCCCAAGUACAAGACGGAGUUGUGCCGCACUUUCCACACCAUCGGCUUCUGCCCCUAUGGGCCUCGCUGCCAUUUCAUCCACAACGCGGACGAGCGCCGCCCAGCGCCCGCCAACGGCAGUGCUAACCCGCCAGCGGCCCAGCAGCAACCGCCUCCGCCUCCCCCGCUCCAGCCCAACCCUCCGCCUCACAGCAGCCAUCCCUCGCACCACCAUCACCACCACCCCCCUUCCCUGCACCCCCCGCACGCGGGCAGCACCGGCGACCUCCGCGCCUUCGCCCCCUCCGGCCGAGACCACCCGUUGGGGCCUGGCGGCACCAACGGCACCAACUUCGGCAUCCCGCACCCCCGAGGGGGAGGAGAGAGGCCCAAACUCCACCACAGCCUCAGCUUCUCCGGUUUCUCCGCCCACCAGCACCAUCACCACGGCGGGGCUGUGGCGCAGGGCGGGCUGGAAGCAGCGGCCCUGCUCCUGGAAAGCCCCGGUGGGUCCCGCACCCCGCCGCCACCUUCGAGCGGCUCCUACUGUGACGACUUGGUCGCCUCCUGCGCCAACAACGCCUUCGCCUUCUCGGCCGGCCAGGAGCUGAGCAGCCUCAUAGCUCCUCUCACCCUCCACCCGCCGCCGCCUUCCGCGCCUCAGCAGGGUUGCUUCGCCAACGCGGCGACUUUCUACCGCUGCCAUCAGCAGCAGAGCGCUGCAGGGGGGGGAGGAGGAGGAGGAGGGAGCUGCUGCCCCCCUCCCGGCCCUCCCUCUUCUCCGCCUUUCAGCUUCCAGCCUUUGCGCCGCCUCUCUGAGUCGCCCGUCUUCGACGCCCCUCCAAGCCCUCCGGAUUCUCUCUCCGACCGAGAGAGUUACCUGAGCGGUUCCCUCAGUUCCGGCAGUCUCAGCGGAUCCGAGUCCCCCGGCCUGGAUUCGGGUAGACGUCUGCCGAUUUUCAGCCGCCUCUCGAUCUCCGAUGAUUAAGGAGGGGGGGGAGGCCCUUGGAAGCUCCCGUUUUUUUAGGGGGUCCUGUUCCCCUGGGCAAUCUUAGUUAGGGUAGUUUACUCGCUGCCCUUUCUUUCCCGUCUUACUUCCCAUCCUAUUCAUCAGGAGUGGAAACUAGCCAAGUUCGCACAGACUAUUUUUGUUGCUCAUUUCUUUUUCAGUGUGUGCUUUCCUUUUUUUGUGUGUUUAAAAAAAAAAUCCUUUGAUUGCUGAGCAAAUUCAGAAAGGAGAAAGCAAAAGAGACUUUUUUUCUUUUUAUCAAGAUGAACAAAAAUCAAUUUGCAGAAGAGCAAAUGGUGUCAUCAAGAACAAUUUUUUUUUUUAAUCUAAAGACUUUGGAAGGAUGGGAUUUACUUUUUUUUCUCCCCUGCACCCCUCCCAGACUAGUUUAAUGUGCAUCACCAGCAACAGCCAUUCCAUUUUCAAGUGUUUAUGGGGAGGAUACAAAGGGUAAAGAGUAUUUAGCAAACAAAUCUAUCCAAUCGUACUCCCUGAGGAAUCAGCAAUCAGUCUGGAGGCCCAUGAACUCUGCAUUCCAGGUCCUUUCAGAUCUAUAUACAACAAAAAAGAAUAAAAAGAGUGGAAUUUGUUGCCUUUCAAUCAGAUUUAAAGUAAAUAUACUAAACGUAUAAGCUUUUAAAAGAAAAAUCCAACAUCCUGCCAAGAAUAUGCCUUGAUAACACUCUAGUUUUUUAUGUAUCUAUAUAUAUUAUAACAUGCUAAAACUUCCAUUCCAAAGUUUAAUAUUGGUUCCAUUGCCACCACUUAGUGGAUGUUUGGCUUAGAACAAUUUUUGUUGCUUUAUUUGGAAGCAUUCAACUGAGUUUAGUUUAUAAUUGUUGAUGAAUAACUGCUGAUUUUUUAAUUUUUUUUAGCUGAGUUGUUUGCGCAAGUCACUGCACAACUCAAUAUGAACCUAUUUAACUUAUUUAUUAUCUUGUGAAAAGUAUACAUUGGUAAUUUGUUCAUACUGUAUUUAUCGGGUAUGAUGAAAAGCAAUAGAUAUAUAUUCUUUUAUUAUGUUUAAAUUAUGAUUGCCAUUAUUAAUCGGCAAAAUGUGGAGUGUUCUUUUCACAGUAAUAUAUGCCUUUUUGUAACUUCACUUGGUUAUUUUAUUGUAAAUGAGUAAAAUUCUUAAUUUAAGAGAUUGUAUGUAAUAUUUAUUUCAUUAAUUUCUUUCCUUGUUUACGUAAAUUGAAAAAUUGCAUUGGUUUUUUUUUAUAGAAAUCUGACUCAAUGCUGUGGAAGUAGUUUGAGAAAUUUCAGUGGUUUUUUUAAGAAUGUACAAUGGUUGUAACCCGUCCAAGCUUAAACUUACUUCACAAUCAAUCCAAAUUUAAAGUGGCAAACCUACUUCUUAAAAUUAACCAAAAUGUAUUUCUGUUGCCUAACUUCACCAAUCACACUGUGAUAGUUUCAGAGUAUGUAGCAAUAAAAGGGGUGGGGGGUCCCAGUAUUAUGUUUCACAGUGCCUUUUGUCCAUGCUUGCCUUAAAAAUCUUCCUCAACCAAACAAGUAUUUUUUUUCUUAAUGCUUGAGAAUUUGAAUGUAGGGCUGGGUUUUUAACUACAAGAAAUUGUACCACUCAUUUUUAUUAUGGAGGCCACCUUUUGGAUCUGAACCUCUUUUUGUGUACAAGAUUAUAUCUUUAUUAAGAUUCCAACACAUGUAACUUUUUGUUGUGUAGGAAAUCAGGAGUUAUCCAAAUCUUUUCUCUGGGUGAUGAAUGAAUGAGCAGUAUCUUUUUUUAAAAUGUACAUAGGUACAGGUUCAGCACUAUGUACUCUUUGGACUACUUUAACAGAAGUAUGUUUUGAAUGUAACUAGAAGAUAAGUCAACUUGAGUUGUAAUAUAUUUUGGAGAGUCAGGUCACUACAAAUUCGAAGUGUGAGACUGUAAACUUUGUACUGUAUAUGUUUUGUAGUUCUCCCAAUAAAACUUUUGAGGAAAAAAAUUCCCAAGCUAUUAAA